CACGACACUAUUGAAAAAGCAAAUGUUGUGAAUAUUUAGGGACGGAGGAAGUAUAAUUUAACACUUCCUUAUUUUUGUUCCAAAUCAAAAUGGGAAGUCUUUUUGCAGAGGGAGGGAGUAUAUCUUCUUUUCAUACACUUUGUAUAUUCUUCUUCUAUUCUUUGCUUCAUCCAAUUGGUUCAUAUUUAUCUUUUCCUUCCUGGGAGAUUGAAAACUAUGGACAUGCAUAUUACUAUAAUCCAUCUAACGUUGGACAUAACAUUGGAGAUUGAUGAUGGCUAAGUUGAUGAAUAGUUAAAACUUAAAAUUGGACCCUCUCUUGAUAAUGUUUAAUAGUCAUUAUCACAGAUAUUGUAGUGGACAUUAUUCGAGGUGUGGCGAUGGAUAAUAGAAUCAAGAUAGAUAUUACGGAGUAAUAAGUGUAAAUUACAAAGUAUGAGGAUAGCAUCAUUUCCGUCCUAAAAUUAAUUUUCUAGUUUGACUUUCGUGUUCAAAAUUUUUAAACUUUGACUGCAUAUUACGGAAAAAAUCUAUUGAAUUUUAAUAUAAAUUGAAUAUGAAUAGAAUUUGGGGAUAUGCUCAUGGAUGUGAGUAGGUGGUCUUACCCAGCCGACAUUGGAUGACGUCGUAUCGAGCGAGUUCCUUUAUAAAUGUGGUUGAAUCAGCACUCUAGAAUAAAGAAGUGGCCUAUGCCUAGGUUAAGUUAUGACCUUAAAAAUGAGGAAGUUGAUUAUGAGAUUUGCACAAGGAUUGUGUGUUGUAAACGCCUCAAGUGAGAAUGAGGUAAAUUGGUAAUCGAGGUAAUUAUGCUUGACUGAUUAAUUAUCUGAUAUUAAUGAUGUUAAAGAUGUUGAACUUGUAUGCAUGAUAUUGUAUGUGGUUAUGAGCUAGUGAGUUCGUCUAUGUGCGUUGUUAAAAUGUUAGAUCUAUAUUUCUCACUUAGCUUUUCAAUGCUGAGCGUGUAGCCCUUUUUCCCAUUUCCUACACGUAGAUCACGACGAUUGAGAAAACAAUCCUGGAGGGCAGCGAGGGCAAAGAGAUACAUGAAUGCUAGCGGGAGGAUUUUAUUAUUUAAUAUUAAGUUUGGAUUAUUAUAUUUUAAGGGCAAGAACCCAAAGAUGUAUUUUAAAUUAAGAACUUAAAGUUUUUACAUUGUUUUAUAAUAGUUCGAUGGAUAUUUAAACUAGUAUUUCUACCCGUGCCACGCACAGGUUCAGAUGAAUUUUUUUAUUCUACAAUGUGGAUCAUGAUUUUUAUUUGGCAUAUUUAUUAAACAUCAAAUAUAAAUUAUUUAGAUUUGAUGUAUUUCUACAAAUAUAUAAAUUUUCUCCCUGAUGAAUGCUGCCAUUCAAUCUUGUAACUAUGUGAAUCCUAUAUGAAGUUAUUAUAAACCAAGCAUUUAUUGUCAAUAUCCUGAAAAUGAGAUGUCCUAAAAUUCCAGAAACAAGUGGAGGCGCAAAAUAUAAGAAAUCAAGAAGCAGCCUCAAUCGCUUCCUAGAUCUUCCUGAAGAUGUGAUUGGCAACAUCCUUCAUCGAUUGGGCGUGCAAGAGAUUCUGGGAAAUGCCCAAAGAGUUUGUUCUUCGUGGAGAAACCUCUGCAAAGAUCCAUCCAUGUGGCGUUUUAUUGAUAUGGAACAUCGGAGCGGUGACAAUUCUUGCAUUGGUCCCAUUGGCCGCGGAUACCUUGUAGCGAUUUGCCGUAAGGCGGUUGUUUGGAGCCGAGGACAAUUGACCCAACUCCACAUUGAUUAUUUCGCGACAGAUGGAUUGCUUGAUUUCAUCUCUGCAAGAUCAAGUAAGUUAAAAUGUCUUCAAAUUAGGGGUUCUCAUGAAGUAGAAGAUGGAUUGAUUGAAGCAGCAAAAAAAUUUCCUCUACUUGAAGAACUUCACUUUGUGUAUGUCUUAGGUGUUCAUGAGUACAUCGAACGUAUUGGACAGUCAUGCCCAAAGCUGAAUUCGUUCACGUUGAGCUCAUCAGACUAUAGACAUAGUGAUGACUGCAACAAUGACUAUGAAGCUCUAGCAAUUGCGAAAAGCAUGCCUGGUUUGCGCCACCUUCGACUUGUGGGAAAUAGAAUGACCAAUGAGGGCUUGCACGCCAUUCUCGAUGGGUGUCCUUAUCUUGAAUCCCUAGAUAUCCGGAGAUGUUUCAACGUGGAUCUGUAUGGAGGGAUUGGCGAUAGAAUUGCUCAAAAAAUAAAAGACUUCAAAUGCCCGAAUGAUCCGAUGGAAAAAGGUUGUGUUUGGGAUGCUGAUGUUUUUUAUUGCCCGAGGGACUACUCGUAUGAAUGCUCUUGAGGAGUUUGAUUUAUUUCUCUGUAAGUAGUGCAAGUCUUUGAAUUUUUGGGUGAUUUGAUUAACUUGUAACAUUCUAUGUUGCAAGGUUUAGACACUCUUUGGGAUGAGUUUUGGAAGCAUGUAAUGGCACAUAUAUAAGAUCCCAAAACUUUAUAUUUUGGAUGUCUUUAUAACCAAAGGGGACUUGUUUUUCUUGUUUAUAAAUUUUGGAGGAAUAGUGAAGUAAAAUUUUGCUGUUGUG